GGCAGGGGACUUCUUUUAGCGCAACACCGCAGCCACCGGAUGUUACGUCUGAACCUCAUCGGCUUAGGACCGCGUUGGAUGUCUUGUUGAUAUCGAGAUGAGCGUUGAGAACGUGAAGCUGUUUGUGGGGAACCUUCCUUUGGAUGCAACUCAAGAUGAACUAAAUAAGCUUUUCUCUCCUUAUGGGGAAAUCGAUACAUGUUCUUUGCUCAGACAGUAUGCGUUCGUGACCCUGAAGGGGGAGGGCGCAGCAGACAGGGCCAUAAGGCAUCUAGAUGGCAAAGAGUACAGAGGAAGACCCCUUGUGGUUGAGGAGUCUCGUGCACGCCCACCCAACUCCAUUAAAGUGUUUGUAGGGAACAUCAGUGCAACAUGUUCAGCAGAUGACCUACAUGGGCUUUUCUCAACCUUUGGAAGAGUUUUAGACUGUGACAAAGUCAAAGCAAGAUUGUGCUCAAAUGUUGGGUAUGCAUUUGUGCAUAUGGAGAGGAAGGAGGAGGCCCUGGCAGCUAUUGAGGCACUCAAUGGGACCAUGUUCAAGGGGCGUCAGCUGGCUGUAGAGCUGUCCAAAGCUCAACCUUUGAUCAAUCAGAUUGCAGGGGCUGGAGAUUCAGCUACAUCUGCAGGUGGCAGAGAGGGUCUUCUUCCACGUCCUCCUCCGUCACUCGAACAUCACCAGAGUCAAGCAGCUGUGCUAGCUGCAGCUGCUGCUGCAGCCGCUGGCCUGCCCAUACAGGUUCAACAAAGUGUCCAUAACUCAUUUUACAACACAACAAGCUUUGACCCCACCUACGCUGCUCUCAAAGGCCUUACAAGUUCUAAGGGUGCAGAUGGGGUCAUAUAUGGCGCUCUUGCCAGCCAAGUGUAUGGAGCUGUUGCUGACCAGGUCUACCAAGAACUGGCCAAUCACAAUCCUGCUACUGAAGAGGCAGAGCAGCCCGCUGUGCCAGAUCCAACAACACUUUUUGAAGCAGCAAGAGCCAAGUUCUUUCAAGAAGGACAGAAGGUUCUGGCAGAGCAGCAGGCAGGAAGAAAAGCUGCGGCAGCAGCAGCGGCGGCAGCAGCAGCAGCAUCAGAUAACGAACGAGACCGCAGUCCAAUAAGAGGAAACCGGGCCCCUCUUCUUCCUGACCCUGUUCCGGGUUCCUUUGCCCAGAUACGCCCCAAACGACGCACCCUGCUGCCUACACCACCUGGAGUCUCUGAAGACGCAGCACCUGUCACCACAACGUCUGAAGGGGCAGAUCCGGUUGCUAGGUCAUACUCAGAAUACUACCAGCAAAUGCAUCAGUACCAACAGUAUCAACAGUACCAGCAACAGUAUCAGUACCUCCAAUACGCCUACACCAAUCCUCCGCCGCCGCCUCCUCCACCAGCCGGUGCACAGACACAAGCCCCCACUACAACCCCUGCACCGCCAGGGACAUACACGGCACCGCCAACAUACGGCACACCGGAUGCCUAUGCAGCCCCAGGAACGUACGCGACUUCAGGAGGUUACGACGCAUCAUCUGGCACCUAUGACACUUCAUCUGGGAAUUACAAUGCUUCUUCAGGAAGCUACGACGCCUCAGCAGGAUAUGACACAUCUGGAGGCUACGGGGCAUCAGGAGCAUAUGAUUCAUCUGGAGCUUACCCAGCAGCGGGAAACUACUCCACAUCCACACCGUAUGAGCAGACACCCGCACACGGGCAACCCACGCCCCAGCGUCACGAUUACCCUUACCACACGCCAGAACCCCCUUAUCGAUAGUCCCCACCCCCCACACACUCCCUACACACUGCCCAUGUGUGUGCUCAAUUAUAUGUAUUUACAUGAGGGACAGUUCAAAAAGGAAAUUUAAACAGGUAGCCAGGUUGUAUUUGAAUGUGCUUUGAAUCUAAAGCAUCGUUUCUCUUUCUUGGCUAAAUGUUUUUCCCAUUAUCGUCGAGUUAGCAAGGUCUUUAGACACGUGGAGAUAAUUUGGCAACUUAAAACGAGAUUUUGUUCGGCAUUCAAAGUUUCUUUUUAGAUGUUGUAAUGGCAGAGCUGGUUCCUUGUUGGAUGUUGAUUGUUAAAUAUUGCCUGGGGCAAGGCUAGAACUGGAGGCCGAGGCCAUUUUUAGUUAGUUGCUGAAUCAAGGACCCUUUUAUACCCUACAUACUUUCUUCUCCACAGCUUUGCUUAUAUGUUACUCAGUAGUUUUUUUAGGUGGAUCCAGUAUGUUGCAAUGUGGAGGAAUGUCCUCUAUUACUUUGUCCAACAACUUAUGAAAUUGUCAGGGUAAGCUUAAAAAUGUGAAAAAUUCAAUCUCUUGUCAAUUCUAUAAUGGUCAACAACAAGAAUCAAUAAAACAUAAAACCAAUCUGCAACUGUACAAAAACCUCUUUCUAAUCCAUGCUAGAGAUUUAUCGUCAGGGUUUUCUUUCAGAAUACAGUUUGAUCUUCGUGUAACUGAUGGGUGUCCUUCAACAAGACGAGUUCUGAGUAACAGAUCUUAGAUGAACUGAACUGCAGAGAUCCGUUUUUCUAGUAAUCUGUUUGUUUGGUGAUUGCUAAAAUUAAUACUUGUAAUUAGAGGCGCACCAAUCAAUCAGCUUGUUCGGUGAUCAGCAGGUCAGUUAUUGAAAAAUCUUAUUUUAUUAAAUAUGCAUAAAAACUAAGUAUUCCCCCAAUUUUCAGUGCAAAAACACAUCAAAGAUACUUUUCAGUUCAAUAAAUAUAAGAUGGAAAUGUGCUUCAGCAUUUUUCCUUCCUCCAUUUUCUGUAGGAUUCAUAACUUCUACCUCUACCAAAUCCCCAGAGCACAGGUUUUCUCCUAUGCGUUGUACUCCUUAGAAUAAAAUAAUCUCAAUCAGAAAGUCAAAACGUAUAAUUUAAGGUAAAAUUGGCCUCAGACAGGAAAAACCUGAGCGAUGUUUUCCUAAUUGCACUUCAGAAAAAACACAAGAAAUUGGUAAUAGAUUUGAGCAGUAAAUCAAACUGGCUUGUUUUUUACCGAAGAAAACCGAGGUGACACAAUUUACCAUGUAGCUUUAUCAGUUUUCUUUUUUGGCUGAUGACAAUUAUCUCCUGAGUUAUGCACAACUCGGGCAUUUAGUUUUUGCCGUCAUCCGCUGUUGGUUCAAUGUUGCACAGAAGGACUUGUUUGGAUUGAAGUGAUGGCUUAGAAGUUGGGUUCAGUCAGUUGACCUAGUAUCAAAAAUGGUUUUGUAAAAAUGAAAAAUUUAGUGAAAUGUUAAAUACUUUGGUUAAUUUGAAUGUGUUUUCCAAAGUUCUGACUCAUUUCUUGCUAAUACGUCCCAAUCCUGAGGUUAGGUAGCGGAAAAGCCUAGAGGGCGAUCGAAUCGCAUCACAGCUUAACAGAACUGGGAGGCUGUUCAUUUCGCUUCUUCGUUAAUUUGUAACUUCAUAGAUUUGGUCAUUUGAGUGUUUUGGUAAUGAAAUGGUGCCGUCUGCCGUAGGAUGUUUCAUUCCAACCCUCAGUUUGUGCCCACCAACGGGGACGUUGGUACCCACAAUUUAAAAGUACAUUUUUUUUAUUCCGCUAAUAUUCUACUGUAAGGAAAUGUGCAUAUAUCUCUAAUAAAUAUUACCAAAAGGAAUUUACUUAUUUGCAACGUUAUUUUAGUUUGAUCAGGGAUCAUCUGUCAAAUUAAGUAACGGUCAACUAGUCCAAAUGGGUUCAGAACGAAAAUAAAUUGAAAUAGGUUGCAGCACACAGUUUUAAUAUGCAGUUAAAUUCAGUCAAACAUUUUUUUUUGUGCAUAUUUUCACUUUCACGUUUGAGUACAAAUUGGAAGUAGGAAGGGCCAAAGUGACAACACGUGGGUACAGGAGGGGGGAACAAACGGGCCUUAUGGGUAAUUCCCGUUGGCUGUUUAUUCUUCAGGAUACUGUGUUUGUACAGCAGGGGUCCGCUGUUUUAGCCACUAAAGCAUCAAAUCAGAACCUUUGGAGAGUUCACUUUUGUGUUGAAUGUUUCAUGAGAACAUUCUUUAAUGAAAGCAGGUUUAAUGCAUUCACAUCGAUGCAUAAUUUUAGACAGCCGAUGAGCUUUUUUUCUUGUGUACAUAUUCGAAAGUAGCUGUUUUUCCUUUUUGUUACCAUCUGUUGCUAGGACCCUUCCUUUUAUAGAAAGCAUCAGAGAUAUCAGGGAAAUGUACACUUUGGUACUCAUGAAUCUGAAAAAGCAUUUCCAGCCAACAUUCGCUGAAGAUGGGUGACUGUUAGGAAUCAGAGAAACUGAUUGUAAACGUUUAACGGUGGUUUUGUCGACCCUAAUUCUUCAAAACGAGGCUGUCUGAAGGUUUGGCGGUUUAACAUUGAGGUUGCAAAAAUUGAUGACUGCAGCGGUUCAUCUUGCGAGAGAACUGUAGGAUCGUUUCUUCCGUUAUGUUGUGGCUUUGUUCGGUUGUUGACCAGGUGGAAAUGUGCUGAUGUAAAAGUUGUUUUUGGAUUUCUCCAGCGGCAGUGAGAAGGGCAAAUGACUGCUUUUCUCGUGGCUGUUUUCACAAGAGCACAUCUUUUUUGUUUUAAUGCAAAACAAGGAUUAGGCUUUUUUUGAUUCCUUUCCUAGUUAGAUAACAGCUUAACUCAUCAAAAUGGAUUUUACUUGGUUAAUAGCUUUUUACAACAUAAAAGCAGACUAAACCUACUUAUAACCCUCCUGUUACAGUAGUGUCUUACAGUAGCCAUCUUGUUUUUCAUCGGGCACCGGAACUGACAGCGUUAGGUUCAGAUGACACAUAGCAACUCAACAUUUCCACAUUAUUCCACCUUCUCCAUGUGAACUGUUAGUUGCAUGCCUUGUUGUUGCUGCUGCUCCAGCCACCUUCUUCCUCUUGCUGAUUAUUACAGCUAGAGUGGGAGGGAGCCAAACUGAGCCCUUGCCCUGGACGUACGCCACACGCAGCUGUAGAGUGGGAUGGGGAAAACAGCAGCGUUAGGCCUGAAACUGCUGUGGACGAUGGGGUGUCUCCCCACUAAGGUAAACACUCAGACCACACACUCCUGCCCCGCCCCGAAACACGCGAACACACUCACAGGCACAUUUUGUUUUGUUUUUUUACUAAACAGGAACAGCUAUAUCCAUGCUUUCUAUUUCCUUUUCCUGUCUUUGGGAUUUUAAUUUGUCAGGAAUUCAGAUAUUUGAAAAAAUUUCUCCUGUCUUUUUUUUUUAUUUUUUAAUGGGAGAGAAUCAUUUUUUCCUUCCUUGGUUUUCCGGCUUAUUUUUCUUCAAGCAUACUGAGCUCAUACAUUCCUGUUUCUGAUUUUUUUUUAAAAGUCACCUAACUAUCCUUUGCGGACAUUUAUACCACCUUUAUAUUUAAUCUGAUUGUUUUCAGCAGACAUUUUGUUUUUACUGCUACCUGACAUUUAAAGAGUACCAGGCAAUCACAGCCAGAACCAGAAUCGGGACAUUUCAGUGGAAUGGGAUGUUUUAGUUUUUAUACAUGUGACCCGGCGGCCACUUUGGGGUUAAGUGCCUUGAUGAAGAGCCCUCCAUUUCAGAGCUGAAUAACCUGGCUGAGGAUCAGUUGCUGGUUCGACGCAAGACUCCCUGUCUCCCAAAAACAAUUUUUUUUGAUGCCACUUUCAACUUGUAAGAAUGACAAUGAACACAAAUUCUACCAUGUUGUUUUAAACUACUUUUUGUCCUUUUGUUCUUUGAAAUGUUUCAUUAUCAAUAAAUGAGUUUCAACCAA